AUCACAGGUUUAUUUGUUCUAUACCUAUAUACUUGACUUUGCUUAUGGAAACGAUUAACUAAAGAAACAUUAUGAGUACUAAUUUUCAGUUUUUUAACUAGAAUGUUUCUCAAACAUGGCCAGGUAGCUAUUGUGAAGUCAUCUCUCUCUCUCUCUCUCUCUCUCUGGUUUCUUGUGUUAGAGGUCUCAAAAACCCAUAAUAGAGCAUUAGUUUUUCCAACAAAUAAUGGAAAGAGCCUUUGUGUUGAUAUGCAUCUUCUGGGCCGUCCUCACAAUCAUCACACCAACACUUAUUCUCCUGUCAGAGAAUUCUAAGCUCUUGGAUUCAAAUGGUGAGAAAAGUGGAGGAGUGAAGGCUAAGCCUAGAAGAAUGGUGGGAUUUGCAGAUCAGAAACGUCCAAGCAAAGCACCAAUACCUCUACCAUUAAUGGAGGCACUGGUUCCGGCUCCGGCACCAGCAUGGGCACCGGAUCCGGCUCCGGCUCCAGCUCCGGCAGUUAAACAGGCAUCGAAUCCAGCUUUGCGAGCCAAAAGAUCAGCUAUCUCGACUAUUUCCUUAGUGGAGCAAUUAUAGUACUAUUGGAGACACAGACACUGAGUUCAUGUAGAUAUAUAUAUAUAUAUAUAACCCUAGCUGCUCAUAGAAAAUUGCUGCAUUGCUUUCAGCUUGAGGGAACCUUUGUUUCUUUCGAAGCAGAUUGGGAGUAAACGGGUCAUGUAUCAUUCACUUCAUAUAUGCACGGCUUGUUUCUUAAUUAAUACUACAAAGAUUUUGUAAA